GCCUGGUCUACAUGGGCUGCCAGAGACAGAAAUGGGAUCCGACGGCCGAUCUUCACCGCUCCCGUGUGCCGCUAUGGAAUAUGUAUACUUGGAACGUCAUAUUCUAGGAAGGUUUCCGGCCGUCGGGUGGAAGUGGGUUAGAUGAUGAACGGCUGGGGCGCCACUUCCUCCUGUAUAUGAUGCGGGUCCCUGGAUCUUCGUCUCCACAGCGACUUGCCUUCUCCCCAGUGUCAGACCCUUCCUCUCUCUCUCUCUCUCUCUCUCUCUCUCUCUCUCUCUCUCUCGCCCGAUUCCUCCGAAAUUCCACACCCUUCCCAGCUCCUGCCUUGCUUCCGACCUCCCGCCGAGCGGAUGGCGUCGUUGAGGGACAUGCUUUUGAACCAGGAGCUAGCGGCGGAUGAGUAUGGGAGGUUCGAAAGGUACACCCCGAGCUCUGCCCAUGGUUUUUCCCACUUCCAGCAAGCUGACAGCCCUCCGACCGGAGUCCCCGACACGGGAUCGCUCGUUUCCGGCUUCGGUAUGCCUCCCUCAACCUUCAUCAUGCCGGAGGGGACCCACACCGCCGCAGGUUAUGGCGCUGAGGCCGUCCCCGUGGAGAUCCCCGUGGUCCGGCGACAAAGAUCUGCCUCCAGGAACACUCCGGCGUCGUACAGAGGACCGUGGACCGAGGAAGAGGACGAACUUCUCAAGAGAUUGGUGCACGAGCACGGAGAGCAUAAGUGGGCGAUCAUUUCGGAGCACCUCCCGCCACGGAUCGGCAAGCAGUGCCGUGAGCGAUGGACAAAUCAACUGCGCCCCGGCAUCAAGAAGGAGCACAUCUGGACUGAGGCGGACGACAUACUGCUGAUCGACGCGCACAAGGUCCACGGAAACCGUUGGUCGUCGAUCGCGAGGUGCCUGCCCGGCCGGUCGGAGAACGCCGUCAAGAAUCACUGGAACGCGACAAGGCGGAGCCUCAAGUCCAAGCGCCGGUUCAAGAAGACGAGCCAACAGGCCGCCCCGGGCCAGUUCACCCUCCUCGAGGAGUACAUCCGCGACAAAAUGAUGGCUGACGAGAACGUGGCGCCACAGUCUCCAUCGGCCGGCGUCGCGUAUGACGGCCAGGUCGUUCCAGGUGCCGCUGCAAUGCUCGCCGUCUCCAGCCCACACGGGAUGGGUCAGUACCUCCACCCAGCCAACGCCUACGGCGGCGAGAUGCAGGAGCGAUACUACUAUCCGCCCCACAGCAACAGCAACAACAUGCUGCACCAUGGACAAGAGCCGGCAUUUCAGGAGAUGUUUAGUGCACAGGGACGCAUGCAUUCUGCAUGCACGAACCUGAACUUGUUCCCGCCCCCCCAGCACCUCAGUGGCGGCUACUACGACAGCGAGACGGGCUGCAGCAGCGCCGGUGGCAACGGCGAUCUGGACGAAGACGUGGUCGAGAUGGCCUCCAGGGAGUUCCAGACGUCCGAGGCGGAGGCCACACUGGACCUCACUAGCUUCAACUGAGAGGGUCCGUCCACCGGAUCGAUCCAGUACCGUAUCCAUUCAUUUUAGUUUGGCGUUUUUACCUUUCCGAACAUCUGAGUUUGUCGUUCGUUCAAUCAGCUGCUGUUGUAUACUAUGCCCGAAGAACACAACUGUGUGUUUGUCCGGCUUGGCAUGCAUGUAUCUUUAUUUUUCGUAUUCUGAGUACUUUGUCAAAGUAACUUUUACCAAACAAUUUGUUGGAGAACCUUUGUUGUA